AUGUCGCUUGAGAAGAGCGUCGACGCUGAGCAGUCCUCCCCUCUUGCAGGUCCUUCUGGGGAGGCUGCAGCGCCUGCUUUUACUGAUGACCAGCCCAAGCCUGGCGAGCUUUGGCAUGUCGGGCCUUGCCAUCUUGGAUACGGCCUCGACAACCAGGACUCAUUCAGCCAGUACUACGAGGGUCCGUGGGAAUAUCUGCCCGGCGGCCAUCACCCAAUCCACCUUGGCGACAUCAUCGGCGGCCCCAAGAAGUACAAGGUCCUGCAUAAGUUGGGCAGCGGGCGAUCUGCCAAUGUUUGGUUCUGCUCAAUGCUUGGACAGGACCCGCCGUUCUACGUUGCGGUCAAGGUACUCAAGGCCUGUGCUUCCCAGCCUGAGAACAACGAACUGACCAUCGGCCGCUUCUUGCGCAAUAUGGGAUAUCACUACUAUGACAUUGUCGACAACCUGACCUACCCCUGGCGAGACUUUACCCUCGAGGGCCCCAACGGCACACACCAAUGCUUUGUUUACCCUGUCCAAGGCCCUACCGUCUGCAAGGUCGAUGGUCAUUUCAACAAUCCGCAUGUCUAUCUACGAGAGCUCACGCGAAAGGCUGCUUAUGCGAUGGGCGUGACCCAAGGCUGUAACAUGAUCCAUAAUGAUUUCCGGCCUUCGAACAUCCUGAUCGAGAUCGGCGGCCUGGCCGGCAAAUCCGAGGAGGAAGUGAUGGCCAUCCUGGGCGAGCCGCAAGGCGCAAACGUCGUCAAAUACCCCGGCGCCGACGCCACCGCAAACCCGCCCGAAUACAUCAUCUUCCCAGCAAGCGAGAAUCUGCUGUGCCAGUCGCGCGAGACGCUCACCGUGAUCGACUUCGGCAACUCCUUCCGAGAAGGAAAAGGAAGUCCGCCGCGCGCGUCCGGUGCCCCGUCCCACUACGCCGCGCCCGAGGUGGUCUUCAGCAACCAGGGGCAGGCCAGCCUGGCCUCCGACAUCUGGGCGCUGGCAUGCACACUGUACGAGAUCCGCUUCGGCGAGAAGCUCUUCCACUGCGAGAGCGAUCACGUCGAGGGCUACAUCCACGCGCUCGUCAAGCACUGCGGGAAGGUGCCGGAGCGCUGGUGGUCUGCGCCGCCGUGGAAUCUCCAGGAGGCAUGGCACAAGUCGCACUCGGACCCCCGGCUCCACGGCGGGCCUGCGACCGAAGAGGCGAUCGAGCCCGAGGCCACGGUGCGAUGGAGGCAUAUCCAGGCGGCGGUUGCCAAGAAGGUCGCACAUCCCAUCACCUCGCCCGAGUCGGUGCGCAGGUGGGAGGAGGCCCGGAGCGCCCCGUGGGUCCCUGGGACCGAGCCCGUCUCCAUGGCGUUCCAUGAGUGUAUUCCCGAGGAGGAGCAGAGGCUGUUUGCGGACCUUCUUUACAAGAUGACUGAGCUUGAGCCCGCGAAACGCCUGGUGAUAGCGGAGGUUGCCGCGCACCCCUGGUUUGAUUAUGUGCGGCGGCACGAUGUCCCGGAUGGUCCUGCUAGCCCUCAUGGGGUUGAGGACGUUGAGUCUGGGGCUGGAGCGUCCGAUACUGGAACGAAUGGCGAGGCCGAGGCCGAAGAGGGCAGCAAGACGGAACCCGAAUCAGGGGAGCAGAAAGCUUGA